UAUUACUGGCCCUUGAAUCUCAACGGGGUGCUUUAUGUGUGGCAGAAGAGACUGUAUGAUAUUACUGGCCCUGGAGUCCUUGUAGCUCAUGAUUUUUAUAACCAAGAAGCCGAUGAUGAGUUUCGGAUUAUACCUCUCCCUGUCCCCUAUAACGAAAACGUUGUUAGAUGCUUGACUACUUCGGGAGGAGAUGUUAUCUGUGUUGAAAUAUUGUAUCCAAGAUUGAAGGUUUGGAAGCUGAAGAGUAACAACUCUGAUGGGGAAUGGUGGCACUUGUUAAGGGAAGAGAUCAACAUGGCAUAUGUUGGCUUUGAUGUCAAUUGUUUUCCUUUGGGGAUGAACCCGUUUGAUACUGAUUUGGUCUAUCUGUGGAGUAGACAACAUAGUUGUGUGGUGUCGGGUAACUUAAGGAUACGAGAGUUUACUCUUCAUCAGGAAACGGAGACUUGGAGUGAUGGUGAAGGCUGUUGGCGCAUAAACACGUCUGAUUCUAAGGAGCAUAUGGAAGCUGUACAUGAUGCAGCGUCGGUCAUUACAUUAUCACAGUUUGUGCUCCCGCAGUGGAUGGAUCUGGUGCCCCGCCCGCCUAAUUAACAUCCCUUCUUUGUCGCUUUCUAAAAAGUCUGUUCUUCAAUGUUUGUGUUUUGUUUUGUCUUGUUUAUAAUCAGGACACUAUGUAUCAGGUCUUCUACUCUUUUGUGAGGACUUAGUUGCUCUCACUACCUGUGCAAUAUAUUUAUGACAACAGUUUGAAUUGGUUU